AGGCAGUGUAUGGUUAAGGACAAGUGUCUCACUUAGUGUCCCAGACCUAAACAUGGAUUUGCCUCCUAUGGCUGUUUAUAGCCGUCAGCGAAAACGAGAUGCUCAAAGUAGCGGAGCAGCUGCCAGUGCUGAUCAGACGGCACAGUUUAGUAGGGCUGCAUACCAGGGUCAGACAGAGAGAGGGGGCGGGAGGAGAACCAGGAUAGACAUACCUCAUGUAGAGGUUCCUACUGCUGAGGAUAUACUCAAGAUGAGAUCUCAGUACAGUGAACAGGACGGGAGUGCCCCCGACUAUCAGGGUUACCCAGCCCAACACGUGGGACGGACUGCGGAGUACAGGGGCUUCCCUCAACAACAUGGAGAGGUAAUCUACGACAUGGACAAACAGAGUCACAUUUACAAGAGGUUCAGUGCUAGGAAGAGUAAGAGAGAUGAGCUGGAGGGAAAUGAGAACAUUGACAGACAGAACAAAAUCCCGAAACAUGAUGAUGAUACGGAGGUAGCUCAGAACAUCUCCCAAGACACCGAACUAGAUGAGUUAGAUGAUGGAGACUUGUUGAUCAGAGAUGAUGAUCUGGAUGAUGAUGAUCUGGAUGAGCUGGAUGAUGAAUUAGCAGAUGCUAGCUACAUAGACGAGAGUGAGAUGAAAGCAAAUCGUGGAAACGAGCGCUGGAUGCGCAAUAUAGUGAAGUGCACAGAGUGUAGUGCUACCUUCAGAGAUAACAGGAAAUUGUUACUUCACAUCAGGACUGUUCACAAGGCUAACAUCGAACAUUUCUGUCAGAUCUGUAAAAAGAGUUUCCCCUCGAUAGCUACUCUAAACAAGCACAUGUUCCUCCAUACCCCUCCUCUGAACACUGACACUAAGUGCAAAGAGUGCGACAAAACCUUCACUGAUCCUGCACGCCUCGCGCGUCACGUUAAAGCCAUGCACAGACGCGGUGCUUACUCUAACUUUGAUGUGUCUGAUAGAGUAUCAGUAGCUGGUUCAGUAGACGACAGAUCUUCCAACAAGGAUCCCACUGACAACAGUUGUGAGGACUGUGGGGAGACGUUUACCCAACCCUAUCUUCUAAAGAGGCACCAACAGAAACAGCACGGAGUUAGCUUUAACACGUGCACUCACGAGAAGUGUGGUCAAAAGUUCCCUGAUCACCCCUCGUUACGACGUCACGUGGAUCAGACACACAGUAAGAGAAUGGAGUACCCCUGUGUUAUCUGUGACGAGACUUUCACCGACAGAAUGCACAUGUUCCGACACAAGUACGAGGAACACAAUAUAGAGUGUGAUUUCAUGUGCAGAGGGUGUGAUAAGUUCUUCGAUGAUUUGAAGGCACUGAGAGUUCAUAGUAAACAGGAGCAUGGCAGUGCGGCUGAGUGGCAGUGUAACCAGUGUAAACAAGUAUUUAUGCAGAGAGCCAGUAUGGAUAGGCACAGAUACGAAAUACACAACACUUUCAUUGAUAGUUUUUGUGCUGAAUGUGAUAAAUUCUUUGAGGAUCCGAGGAGUAUUAUCCGUCAUAACAAGGAGGUACACGGGAAGGUGACUGACUGGCAGUGUAACAAAUGUACAGCUAGUUUCAACGCUAGGUCUGGACUAGACAAACACAGAGUUAUGAUACACAACGAGCAAGCAGACUGCAUGUGCGAUGAGUGCGGCAAAUACUUUGAGGCUCCCCGUUCACUACGGCGACACAAAGAGCAAAUGCACAGCAAGUAUAGCGAGUGGUCAUGCAGAGAUUGCAACUACACGUACACCAACAGAUCCGAAUACGAUCAUCACAGGAGCAAAGUCCACCAGGAUGAGAGCGAUGUUUACUGUAACGACUGUGACCAGUAUUUCGACACAAUAUUUCUGCUGAGGAAGCACAACAAGGAUUUACACGGACGGGAAGACGAACUCAUGUGCAGAGCCUGUGAUCAGACAUUCAAAUCUAAAGCAGCCAGAGAUUCUCACAGGUACCAUAUCCACGAGGAUGAGGUAGAUACUAUGUGCAUGGAAUGUGAGCGCUUCUUUGAGGACCAACGAGCUCUUCAGCGUCAUAUCAAGGUAUCACACACCAGCAAGAAGCCCAUUUUCACAUGUGCUGACUGUGGGGCAGGGUUCACGUACCCAGUACUAGUGGACAGACACAGACACGAAGAACAUGAGGAGAGCAUUGAGACAAUGUGUAUCAGCUGCGACAAGUUCUUUGAGGAGAAGAAGAUGUUAGAGCGGCAUCUGAUGCGUGCGCACGGGGAAGGAGGAGAAACCCUGGACACAGCUGCUGCGCACAAGAUCUGGACCUGUGAACCGUGCAACCUUCUGUUUAACCAGAGGAGUAGAUUACAUGCUCAUCAGCACAAAAUCCACAAUGAGCUGGUGGAACACUGUGAACACUGCGCUCUAUACUUCGAAUCAACAACGGAGUUCAAACAACACAUGUUUGUAAAGCACGGAGUAGAUAUCAACUGGUCCUGCCCUAAGUGCGACGAGGCUUUUGAUAAGAAGGUGGAUCUAGAUAAGCACAGACGAGACAUUCACUACGAGAAGAUCAACACAAUCUGUCAGUAUUGUGACAAAGUAUUCGAGGGGCCAGCUCUAGUACAGCGACACAUCAGGAGAGUACACGAGAGCCAAUCUAAACACACUUGCUCUUAUGACGACUGUGAUGAGACCUUCAUGAACAAACUGUCCCUGUCCCGGCACUUGUACCAUGGUCACGGAGUACCUGUUAACCCUAUGUGUGUGGAGUGUGAUCUCUUCUUUACCAAUCAGAAAGAUUUCAGCAAGCACAACAGAGAAAAUCACGCAGUAAAACCGGAGAAAAUCAUCAACUGCGACAAAUGCACCUGUUCCUUCUCUGUACCAGGUGACCUUCUGAGACAUCUGCACGAUCUUCAUGAUGAGCCGCGCAGGCAGUACUGUGAGAAGUGCGACAAGUACUUUGGGAACAGGAAAGCGCUGUACAGACACAGAGUCUCCGUUCACGCAGCAGAUAAAGAGAAAGAUUUAGAAGAGGAAGAGGAGGAGGAGGAUGAGAGUUACAUUCUUUAUAGGUGUCUGGAAUGCAAUAUAGGAGAGUUCCCCAGCAAAACAGGAUACAUGAACCACAUGAGACUAACUCACGACCAACACUGGGAUACUUACUGCUUCAAGUGUGCUGCUCACCAACCGACUUCUAAGCGCCUACUAAAGCACAUGCGUGAAGUCCACAAAAUCCCGUUCUUCUGCGCACGGUGCGAGCAGAUAUUCGACAAGCGCAGCGCGCUGGACAAGCACAUGAGAGAGAAAGACUUGAAGAGGAUAGACACUUACUGUGAACCAUGUGACAAGUACUUUGAAGAGCUAAGAGGGCUGGAGAGGCAUCACAAGACUAUGCAUAACACUUCUGAGAGUGUUUACAGUUGUAAUACUUGCAAUGAGGUAUUUGAGUUCCUCUCAGCGCUGGAAUUCCACAGAAUGAACGUGCACAACGAGCGAGUAGAAACUAUUUGCGAGAUAUGCGGACUAUUCAUAUCAGAUGCUAAACGGCUGAUGAAGCAUUUCAAGAGUCACACAGACCCUCGUGAAGAUGAUCAGGAGAGUGAGCAGAUCACGUGUAGUCUCUGUCCCUCCGUCUUUAUCAGAAAGACAGCAUAUAGUCGGCAUCUCUACGAGACACACGGACAGGAUGUUGACUGCCGGUGUGCGCUCUGUGACAAAUUCUUCAUAGACUCCACUGCCCUGAACCGGCACGACAAGCGCGUGCACGGCAUGGUAGCAGAAGAACCCCACUGCGCAGAUUGCGAGCUCUAUUUCUCGCGCGUCUCCCUCUACAACCGUCACAACCACGAGAAACACGCAAUGGACCCGGAGUUUUACUGUGAGACUUGCGACAAGUACUUUGAUGAUAACCCCAAGUUGAGGCGACACAAGUGGCAGGUCCAUGGGGGCACUGAGGCUCACCUCACCUGUGAUGAUUGUAGUAUUGAGUUUAACAGACGUUCUCAGUACAACAGGCAUCUGCACGAGAAGCACGACGACCCUCCUGUAGACUACUGUGAACUGUGUGACAAAUACUUUGAUGAUGGGCGGAUGGCUGUCAAACACAUGGACUCCUUCCACGCAGCUGAACAAGGUCGUAUAAUCUGUGAGCACUGUGACGAGCGGUUCGACAAGAAACACAAGCUCAACGAGCAUCUAACUGUUAUACACAGCAUAGCUGUUGAUUCUCACUGCGAAAAAUGUCAGAAGUUCUUUGAUGAUAAGAAUGCGUACAAGAGACAUUUCAAGCAAGUCCACGGUAACACAGAGGGAUGGGUUUGUGAAACGUGUGAGGAAACCUUCCCAAGGAGGACUAUACUCAACAGGCAUCGGCACGAAGAACACGGUGAAACUAUAGAAAGUAUGUGUAUUGAAUGUGACAAGUAUUUUGAAGACCCGAGGUCCCUGAAAAGACAUAUGAGAUCUGUACAUGAUAGGCAAACUGAGUUCAAGUGUAGCACUUGCGAGGUAAUUGAAUUACAGGAAGUGUUCCCGUCCCGUAGUGAAUACGACCGGCACUUGUACUAUGUGCAUGACGAAGAGGUUGUUACCAUGUGCCUGGAAUGUGAUAAAUUCUUUGAGGAUGCCAGAUAUCUGAGAAACCAUCUACGUGCUGUUCAUGACUCUGUUGAUAAAAGUGGCCACGUGUGUAGGGACUGUAACCAGAACUUCCCUGGUAAAGUACCCCUGGACCGGCACAAGUACGAGGUACACGGUAAACGGAUCGACACGCACUGUGAACAGUGUGAUAAGUUCUUCAUGGACACUACCAACGCUAAGAAGCAUAUGAAGUUAAUGCACCCUAUACAGAUGCAGUACGCGUGUACAAUGUGUGACGACAUGUUCACUGAUAGGGUGUCUAAAGACAGACACAAGCUCGAACACCACACUAUCGAGCCAGAUUUCAUGUGCAAAGCAUGUGAUCAGAUCUUCUUGUCGGCGUCUCAACAGAAGAACCACAACAGUGUUUAUCAUAAGGGACUAGAAAUGAACCCCUCCGGCAGUGGUCUUAAUUUUGAAGGGUAUCAGGACUUGUACUGCAGUCUGUGUCACAAGUCAUUUGAGGAUAUCGGCAAGUUAACCCGUCAUCGCCGCACCAUGCAUAGUAACCAUAGUGAUGAUGAGCAAUACACUUGCAACCAGUGUCACGAGGUAUUCAAGUUCAAGACUCAGCUUGACAGGCACAGGUACAAAGUACACGCUGGCACUGGCCCCAACAUGUGCCAUCUUUGUAGUAAACUUUUCGACGACCCCGCGCGUCUCAAGCGCCACGUGCGCGCCGUGCACGAAAAACCCCGUGAGUUCCGGUGUCCGAGUUGUGAUGACAUCUUCCAUCAGAAGAUGCACUUAGAUCGGCAUCGUUACAAAGUUCACGCGGACCCCGGACCCAAUGUGUGCACGGAAUGUGAGAAAAUAUUCGAUGAUAAGAGCAAGCUGAAACGUCACGUGCGGGCUGUCCACGAGAAAUGCCGUGACUUUGUCUGUGCUAAAUGCAAGAAAGCCUUCUCCGCGCAGAUCUCCCUGGAUCGGCACAUGAGGAAAACACACUCUGACGCUGGGCCCCACAUCUGCAAGAUCUGCAACACUAAAUUUGAUGGUAAAGGUCUACUGAACAUGCACAUUAUGUUUGCGCACGGGGACACGACCGCGCCCAAAAAAGAGGAGCCAGUUGAGAAAGAAAGCAGUGAUGAGGAAGUGGAGGAGGAGAACAAGGGCGCUGAGGAUGUGGAGGCGGUGCAACCUAUAAAAACAGAGGAGGUAACUACUUGAGAGAGGGAGGGAGGGAGGUUUAGUUAUAUCAGCUUAUACUGUUAAAAGACUUUUUAUUAUAAUAUAUGCACUGCACAUUUGUGUGUGUGUGUGUGUGUGUGUGUGUGUGUGUGUGUGUGUGUGUGUGUGUGUGUGUGUGUGUGUGUGUGUGUGUGUGAUGUUAACUUUAGUGGACUCAAGGAUUUUUAUUGUGAGCUGUUAAAACUGUAUUAGUUGAGUUUAGAAAUAUUCAGGUUAUGAACCCAACAUUCCACAAGCACACUUUAUGAACCCAUACUUGUUUAUUUAAUGAGUUGACGAGUGGUGCUGUUUAAUUUUCAGAUACUUAAAAUGAUUCUUGCCAUGGUAAUCAAUUUUAAAUUUAAACAAUCAUACAGUUUGAAGCUUAAAAUUAUUUAAUUUGCACAGUUUUCAGCGUGUUUAUUAAUUUUCAUUAAAUAAUAGCACAUUGAUUAUGAUAAUAUUACGUUCAUACUUUAUCAUAAACUAAGCGAUGUUGCGUUACAUUUUCAAUAAUCGUGUGAUAGUUUGAUAUAUCCCAAGCAUCAAUCAUAAUCUACAUUUUAAAAACUUACUGCGUGAUUUACUGAACAACGCAGUACUGUUAUACUUCGUGAUAUUAAAACAUUUUUAAAUCGUUAACAAACUUAUUACCAGUUUACUUUAUGUAAUUAAUCCGAUAAUUGAACGAUAGGGCGAUUAUUUACUGGUAUUUUUCUGAAGUGUCUCUGUGUUCUUCUCGGCCGAUCGUAAGAAUCAACUUCAGAAUAAUAAUUUUCUGAAGGUUUAGAUCCUUGAAAAGAAAUUAGUUCUGCUAAAAUUCUUGUAUUAUGAGUGGUAUAGAAUGUUUAAAGUCUUAUACCUAUAUUAUUAUAGAAUGUCAAUUAUAUCCUUACAGUUAUUAUGA